CGCCAUGGAAUCCUAAUUUUAUAAACACAAACAAAGCCUGGAUAGCGACCGCCCUUCUUUUCAAAUCAAAUCAAAUCAAAUAUUUAUGCAGGCAUAGGUAUUUUCUUUCCUAAAACAAUGGCAAUUAAAAUGCAAUGAAGACAACACUGGGAACAAUGUCACCUGGCGGAGCUGUGGCCAUUCCAUCUGUGGUAGAGUUCCCUUCUCAGCGACGAGAGAGGGUGGACUGGCAUAAACUAGCUUCCAUAGAUCUUCAUGAAUUGUCCUCAGGAUGCACCAUAGAGGUUCUGCAAGAUAACUUAUCACAUGUUGCUUUCUGUGAUGCCGAAGCAGAAUUUGAUGGAACCACUGCAGGCCAGCGCAGUCUCCUCAAGAUGUUUCGUUUAGCUCAGCUCAUAAUUCAGUAUCUCUUCCUUUCUCAAGAAUUUGUCGAAACUCAACUUCAGCAGUCCCAAGAAGAAAUUGUACAAAUUACAGAGAAAUAUCAGCAGGUUAAGACGAAGUUACUUGAGCAAGUUGAAGAAGCAAAAAAAAUGAAAAUUACAAAUAGGAAUAUGCGUGAAACUGUAAAAUAUAUAAAUUCAUUUGCACUUGCUAAUGGCAUAUUCCAGUCCCUCAAGUGUCCCAUGUGUCCUAAGACUUUUCGGGGGCAAGACUUCCUCCAGUCUCACUUAUGGCGAAAACACCCUAAUCAAGCCAGUGCUGUUACACUUCCACAAACUACACAGGUGCCAUCAGCUGUAUCAGGAUCAUGUGUAGCUCAAACUGUGACUUCAGAAACCAAAAAUCAAGAAUUGCAUCCAACUAAGGAAGUUCCUCUUGAGUCUUUACAUACUAGGGCUUCCUCAAAUGUUAAUGACAUUGAUUUAUAUAAAUUAACUGAAAUUGAGAAAAAAUUUAAUGUUAUGAAUGAAAAUUUUAACAAAAUAAUAAGAGAAAUGGAGGAGCAAAAAAGGUAUUUAGAAAAAGAAAAUGAAAAAGGUCAGGAAGAAAUAAAGAAAGCCUGGGAAGAAAAGUAUCACACAGAAAGAGUCUAUGAAGCCCAGCUAGAAAAAUUAAGUGUGCAGAUUGCCCAUCUCCAGUUGACAAAUAGCAGUAAUGCCGUUUCAUUUGAUAAUGAGAGAUUUGUAGAGCUCAUAAAAAAGCAAGAAAAUGAAAUCAAGUGUUUGCAUGCACAAAUCCAAGAACAUGCUGAAAAUAAUAAAGCUGUAGGGCUAAAAAGUGGAGAUACUGUGGAUGGAUUAUUUAAUGAAAUUCAAGCUCUGAAGAAGCAGGUAAGUGACCAGAAGAAAAGUUACAAAUGCUCCUUAAAACAAAUGCAGGAAGCUCUACAGAAAAAUUAUGACGAAGCGUUGGAAUUUGAGAAAACUAAACUGAGAGUGAUGAUGACAGAUAUUUCUCACAAAGAAGCCCCAGUGGCAAUAAUAUCCCAGAAACCUCCACCAUCAACAAAAAGUGCAGCUAUGAGAAAACCACCAACGUCAAGCAGAGCUACGAAAUCAUCUAACAUGAUACAUGAUUUACUUGAAAAUUCUGAGACAUUAGCACAUUUGAAAGUUGGUGAUGCAUCUCAUUUGCAUUAUAUGGAUGCCCAUGAUUCAGAAACCCAGUCAGAAUCAGAGAGUGAAACUGAAACAUCACAAUGGAACCAAAGUAGCCUGAAAGUGAAACAGCUAGAAAUUAGUAGCUCAAUUAUAGAACAGGAAAAAGACAUUCUCAAGCCAAAAAUUGAGAGGGCUGAAAGCUUGCGAUCUGAACAUUCAUAUUCAGAAUCUUCUAAAGAUGACAUGACUCCUUCUGAAAAUGAUACAUCAUCAGAGUCAUUAAAUCUAGAUGACUUGUUGAAAGAUAAUCCACAACUAUGGAAUCAAAUGCGAGAAGCAACAUCAGAUGUUCUAGCUUCAAAACUUUUAGCCUAUGGAAUAGAUUCUUCAGCAAGUGGUAUAAAGUUGGAAAUCCUUACAUCAUGUUUAUCUCAGUUGAGAAAGGAAAGGAGACUACUUGUGGAUAAAUAUGAUAAUUUCUUGGAUUUGAGAAAAAAAUUAGAAAAUGAAGUUAUUGCAAAGGUCGAUGACAAGAUUGAUAAUGUAGAUGAUAUAUCUGGAAUUAACCCGAUAGAAACAGUGAACAGCAAAGCCAAAGAAAAACAGUCAGGUAUUCUUUUAAGAAUGGUGAAAAAUGUUCAGUCAAGAGUUAGAAAGCAGUCAAAAGCUUUAUCAUCUUCUGUAUCAAAAACCAGUGAAUCAAUGAAAUUGGGGGUCAAAGAUAUAUUUCAUGAUAAUAUUAAACCUGAUGAUAAUAUUAAAGCCAUUACAGGAACAUGUAGAGUUUUUGACAAUCCAGAUGAAAAUAUAAAAAAUGAGAAGGAAGACGGUUUCUCAGAGACAGAAUCAGAUGACUCGAGUAGUGCUCAGAUAGAAAUUCAUAACGAAACAUCAAAGUCUGUCUCAAGAAACUUGUUUAAUGAUGAACCCUUACCAGAGACAUCCGGUGCACGACCAAAACGUGAUAACUAUUUUGACAACAAGACCUAUGGAGAGGUUCAGGAGGUCAGUGAUUCUGACUGGGAUUCUGAUCCUAAAUAUGAAAACGUUAAAAAAGACCCACCUCCAAAGAGAAGUGAUAGUCUGAAUACUGCAGUAGUGUCGGCUAACUUGCAUAACGUGACUGCAGACAGCUGGAAGGUGACUGAAUCAAAGGAAAUUAAACUAAAAAAACCAGAAGGAGCGAUGGUGAGCAAUCUCGCUAGAACCAUUGAACUUCAGUUGAGUGGACGCAAAAAGGGCAAACCUACUGGGGCAGUGGAUGUGAUGUGUGGGAGUUUGGUGCCAAAUAGUAGUCAAGAGAAAGGGACAUUUUCAGAAUAUCCAAACACAAACCAAACCUCUCCCUUUGGAAGUCGGCAGCAGCUACAAAGUGCAAGUGAUUCCUCCAAUACUUUUCGAACCAGUCUUUGGGGAUCGGUGGAUGCUGUUGAUAAAGUUUCUCAGGUGGGAUCAAAGCUAUCUGCUAGUAAAAGAAGAGAUAUAGUGCACUCUUGGGAUUCUGAUGAUGAUAUUGAUAUAAGUGAAAUUGAAUAAUUAUUGGACAUUGA